AUGGUUGUGGAGCGUAUACAUAAAAUAACCUUUAAAGGGAAGGAGAAGGUACAUAUUCAUUUAAAGUGGCUGUGUACGCUUCUGUUUCUAGCGUCUUUCUGCUUGGGUGCUUUUCUAAUUGCUGUCGUCGUGGUAUAUACCAAACAAAGCACAUGUUUGACACGUGGUUGCAUAACAGCUGCAUCAAAGACGCUGGCGUUUUUAAACCUGUCUGUAAAUCCGUGUGAUGACUUUUACGAAUUUGCCUGUGGCAACUAUCGAAAAGAGAUACUACCCGACGAUGAAACAGAAGUCAGUGUUUUUAACACAAUUCAAAAAACGGUUCAGAGCCAACUCAGAACGUUACUUCAAGACGCUAAUUUACUAAACAGGUCAAAACCAUAUCGAUCUCUAGGACAGCUGUACAACUUAUGUAUGAAUACCAUUAACGUGCAGAGAGAUGGUUUGAAUUUCGCUAAGCAUAUACUUAGGGGAUUGGGCGGUUGGCCUCUUCUUGAGGGGAAUUCUUGGAAUGAAAGAAAUUUUGAUUGGAUACAAUUGAUACAUGAGCUUCGAAGGAAUGGGCUGGAGUAUAACUAUUUCUUUAACUUUGGAAUUGAACCAGAUAGAAAAAAUUCAUCCCAACGUGUUUUAGUUUUGGAUCAAAUUUUGCCAAAGCUAGACGAGCACCUGGUCUCUGCAAAGUUCUCAUCCUCUAACGAUUAUUUUAAUUACGUGGUCAGUAUAGCAGAAAUCUUUGGUGCUAAUAAAAUUAAAAUUGAAUCUGAAGCACGCGAAUUUAUCAGAUUUGCACAAAAACUUGCUCUGAUGUAUGUACCACAAGAAAGGCGCAAAAAUCAUACAUUGCUAUAUAACCCUAUUACCAUUGCCGAAUUACACCGCAAAAUACCAACAAUUGAUUGGCUACGCUGUAUAGAAGGGAUUGUAAAUAUUCCCACAACCCAAAUUAGGGGCGACGAAGUAGUUGUUCUUAGCGAUCUAGGAUAUUUUGAAACUUUGAGUGGUUUACUUCGACGUACUCCAAAAAGAGUUCAGGCCAAUUACAUAAUAACUAAUACAGUAUUGAGCAUGGUGCCAUUGUUAACAGAAGAAGUGCUACGCGUACAAGAACGGUAUAAUCAGGUAUUAACUGGCGUUCUCUAUAGGAAGCCCCGAUGGAAAUUGUGUCUAGACAUUAUCUCUAAAAGCUUGCCUUUGCCUUUAUCGGCGCUGUAUGUUAAGAAAUAUUUUAAAAAUGAGUCCAUGAAGAGCGCCGAUCAAAUUAUACAGAAUGUUAAGGAUCAGUUUACGACGAUGCUGAAACUCGUCGAUUGGCUUGACGGCAAUACCAGAAGACAUGCACUAGAAAAGGCAGCGGUGAUAUCGGCGACAGUUGGGUACCCCCAUCAGUUACUCGACGAUAAAUUAAUUGAAGAGUAUUACGCGAGAUUAGAUAUGAGCUCUAACAGUUUGAUAAAAGCGAUAAUGAAUGUGUCUCUUUUUAAUGAAAAUCGCGAAUACGAAAAACUGCGCAGGAUUGUGGAUAAACCAGAUUGGAUUGAACAUUCCAGUUUCACAACGGAAGUGAACGCAUUUUACACGUUAGAAGAAAAUAGUAUUGACUUCCCGUCGGCGAUUUUGCAAGAUGUGUUUUUUGACAGUGAACGUCCAAAUUAUAUGAAUUAUGGAACUUUAGGUUUUGUCGCCGGCCAUGAAAUCACUCACGGUUUCGACGAUCAGGGAAAACAGUUCGACAAGCAAGGAAAUCUAAAUGAGUGGUGGAGCGCAGACACUGCGGUAGCUUUUAGAAGCAAAUCUCAGUGUUUUACAGAGCAAUAUAACAACUACGUUGAGCCAAAUGUGGAGACGUAUGUAAAUGGGCAGAACACGCUUGGUGAAAAUAUAGCCGAUAACGGAGGAAUAAAGGAAGCCUACUUGGCAUAUAGAAAUUGGGUUAAGCGAAAUGGACAUGAACUCAAGUUGCCUGGGCUUGACUACACUCCAUAUCAAAUGUUUUGGAUAUCAGCUGCUCAAUUGUGGUGUUUCAAAGCUCGACUGGAACUUAUUAGUGAACUUGUCUACUUCGACGUGCAUUCUCCACCGAGAUUCAGAGUUAUUGGAUCUUUUAGUAACUCUGAACAAUUUUCAAACGAUUUUAAUUGCGCACCAAACAGUUUCAUGAAUCCACAAAACAAGUGUAGUGUUUGGUAAAUAAACAACUAAAUGCUUUGUUACAUAAAACACUUUUGUGCAUUCCGUUCAUUUAAAGGCAAAAC